AUGCAACCACAUCGACAUGCACAUUUAACACGUCCCGGAACUAAAGAGCAACAAUGGCAUCAAGAUAGUUAUUUUGGUUAUCGAAAACCACUUCGUCAUCAUCAAUUACGUUAUAUCAUGGCCAUGUAUUAUCCUCAAGAUACAACACUAGAAAUGGGACCCACUGCUAUUAAACCUCGAUCACAAUACGAUGUUAUAGAUCGGAAACUACAUACAAAUAAUAAAAAUGACGAUCAGCACGAUAUUUAUCUAGUUUGUCAAGCCGGUACUGUGGUAAUAAUUCAUUAUGACAUUGUGCACAAAGGAACAGCCAAUCGAACAAGUGAUUCAUGUCGUUUUAUGUUUAAAUUUCAGUUUAAUAGACUCGAAGAACCAACUCAACCAACAUGGAAUCAUGACCCAACAAAUACUUUUUAUGACGCAGCGGAUGCGGGAUUAUUACAACCCAUUGUCAAACAUCUCUGGAACUGGAUGAUAGGUCGUGUAAUUACCUCACAACAACCUCUAAUUGAUCAAGAUAUUACUAACUGGAAAACGCAGCUACAUAGUCAAGAUGGAAAAAUACGUCUUAAUGCAGCUUAUAAUCUAGCCUUGAAUAAUGAAUACAAUAUCUUAAUUCGACGAUUAUAUAACAACAAAGAAGCAAUUCGUUUCGAAGCGGCAUAUGCAUUAACAGCUUGUCGACAUAGUAAAGAGGCGAUUACUGAAUUACGAGCAGUGCUAAAAAAAGAAGAAAAGAAUGAAUACAUCGCAUAUAGUAUAGUAUUUAUUCUUUCCGAAAUGGGAUCAACAGCAAUUGAUACAUUGCCAUUAUUGAUACGCAUAGUUGAAACUAGUGAUUCAUGUUUAGUGAAACAAUACUGUUGUGAAGGACUAGGAACUAUCCAAGCAAAUGAACAACAUGAUAUUAACAUGGUAGUACGAUGUUUGACAAAUGUCCUUGCGGAUCGAGAUCAACCGAACGAUCCUAAAGAUUCAUCUCAUAUGAGAUUGACUGCUGCAUUAUCCAUGGCUAAACUUGGUGCUAAAGCAAUAGAAGCAAUACCUAUUCUAAAAGAUGCACUUUAUCUCGAUCAGAAUCGUUAUGUAAAUGCUAAUGCAUUGUUAGCUUUAGAAAGAAUUGGAACAAAUGAAGCUUUACAAAUUGUUUUGAAUUAUCUUAAAAUGUCGCGAUGGUGUACAAAGACAACAGCUAGUAGUCCAUAUUAG